AUGCCUGCUGGACGCAGGUCUGGACGCCAGUCAGGUCCCAGGACGGUCUAUGUGGAUGAUCCAUUCCAAAAGGCUGGGAUCAGCGAUGAAGAGGAUCCGAAUGCGAGAAGAAACACUCCCGGAAAGAGGGCAAGGCGAGCCCAGGAUGAGGAUUCACAUUCAGAUGAUGAAUUUGUUGCAGUCUCCGAGGAAGAAGCCGAAGAGCCAGCUGAAGAGGAAGAGAACGAAAUGGCUGGAAACCAACUUGAAAAUGAAUUGAGAGGAGAUUCAGAGCCAGAAUCCGAUGCAUCUGACCCCGACCAGAUGGACAUCGAUGACAUCGAAAUCACCCCUAGGAAACAUGCCGCAUCUCGGCCACGUGAGAUGCAUUUCAAGAAACGAGCAGCGCGUGGAAUUAUCGUGCCAUCUGCAGAUGAUACGCACAGCCGGGGCAUCAUCGACCCGAAAGAUCAUUUGUCUAAAGAUAUCCAUUAUGCUCUGACGUUCGGUUCUGACGAGCGAGAUAUGAUGGCAGCUAUCCACUCUCGGGGAAAUUGGACUAGAGGCAUUGAUUCCGCAUUCCCCACUCGAUAUGCGUUGGAAGGGAAAUGCGAGGUCGAUGAAACUCUGUAUGGGCCAACCAUGGGCGUGCAUCCCGAUGAUCUCAAAAAAGAAAGCACCCGUGGGUGGGACUGGUACUACGACAAAAAAAUCGGAGGAUCGUUCCGCAAGCGACAGCAAAUUGAGACCAUCGAGGAGUCUCUGGCAUACAUCAGGUAUCUGCCCCAGCGAGAUGAGCGCAAACACCACGUCCGUAUGGGCCCACAAGCAAGCCAGCAAACCUUCGAUGUGGGUUAUCAUGAGUCCUUCGACUUUGGCGUGGCUUGGGGGAACGCAAAAUCGGGCAACAAGUCAGAAAAAGCCCGACAAGGAUGGAUUGUCAACGUCGGCCACAAGAUAAAUUGCAUGGCUUGGGCCCCCAAUCAAGAUGGGCUGUCUCAAUAUCUAGCCGUGGCCGCACCGCUCACGGAAGACCAGAAGAAUGAGCACAGGUCUGAGGAUAGUGACCCUUUCUCGGCAUUUCAACCUACAGAUCCUUUCCCUGGUGCUCUCCAGAUCUGGGAGUUUAAAGCCAAAAAGACCGAAACUGAAACCAAGACUCUGGAUAUGGAGAAGAAACCAGAAUUGCGACAAGUCAUAUGUGCCGACUGGGGUGAUUUGAGACGUAUGGCUUGGUGUCCCAUGCCCCGCUCAAGACGCGAGGAGGACGAAGAAGAAAUCAGAAAACCUAUCGGCUUGCUUGCGACAGUCUGGGGUGAUGGGAAUGUCAGAGUGUUGGAUAUCACCCGAGGCCGAGGAGCACAAGAGACAGAAUUCCUCAACAUAAAAUCGGCUUCGUUUGAAGCAAGGCCACCUGCAACAGUCUCUUCGUGUGUCGCUUGGCUGUCACCCACUGAGCUUUUAGUGGGUUGUGCAAAUGGGUUUAUAGCAGUCUGGAGCUUCACAUCCUCACACGCCCCGGAGCCUCUACCAUUCCUAUACCGACCUGUCCACAGCACGUAUAUUCUUUCUAUUACGUGCGCAUAUCCGACAAAUCCUCAAAUCGUUGCUACUGUAGCUAUGGACGGCGAAACUAAAAUGUGUUCACUGGUCGACCCGGAAACCGAGACAACCUCUACGGUUCGCAUGCGAGCAGCGGCUCCCUACAUCACUUGGUCACCUGUUCUUCAGUGUUUUGUUGCGGGUGAUGAAAACGAGUUUGGUCGCAUGCUUCCAAUCCGACGAUUCUUCACCACCACCAAUAUUGCCAGAUUUUCCAGCAACCUGUCAGCCAUGGCCCCAGCCAGUCCAUGGCACCCUUGUGCUCUUUUCGGCAGUUCCGGAGGCGAGGUCGGAGGAACAAAUCCUUUCCGACGAGUUCUUUACAACAAGGAGCAGAUAUUACAGCAAACUUGGUUCACUCAUGAGUGGAUCCCAAGCUCGAAAUCAGACUCUGUCGGUAUGAGUCGGUUCUUUGACGGGUUCCGGGCAGAAAAUCAGAAAUUGGCCAAAUACCACACAACUGAAACGAAACCCGUGAGCGGGAUGGGCACAUCCACGACUUACGACGAAGGCACCCAUGUCACAGCCCUCGGGUGGAACCCCAAUCGCCCGUGUGCAGGCUGGGCCAGUGCUGCGCUGGGGUGCGGAUUGGUGAGAGUGGAGGAUCUUUCAAUCUAG